AUGAAUUUAAAAUCAACAAAAAUAUCAUCUAUUCCAACUGUAACAGCUGAUGCUAUAUUUUAUUGUUGGCGUGAAAAUUGUAAUUCAUCUCGUUUUCGUUCAUCAAUUCAUCUUUAUAUAAAUACAUGGUUAAGUGAAAUAAAGAGAAAUAAAAAAUUGAUUUCUUUUCAACCAAUAUCAUUAUUUUAUCGUAGAAACAAUUCGAAAUUAAAAGAAUCAUAUUCAUUACCUAGAAAUAAAUUAUAUGAAUUUGCAUUAAAUGAAGAACAAAAACAAGGUUGGCGUUGGUCAUAUUAUAAUUUUGUUGAUGGUAAUAUUCAUGUAACAUGUUCACUUGCAGAACAAUUAUUAACAAAUAAAACAAUUAUUGAUUAUGAUCAUAAUGAAGAAUAUUUAUUUAUUUCACAUUAUUAUUCAUUUAUUAAUUUAACGAAACUUUUAAUUGAAGAAGAAAAAUGUUUUUUACUCUUUAAUGUAUUUCUUUUUUCGAUUUUAUCUGCUAUUGCAACUAUAUCAGGUACAUAUGUUCCAAUGGCAUAUACUAAUCUUCUUACACAAAUUGUUUAUCAUAUUGAUACUGUGUUUAAUACAAUACAUCGUGAUGCUUUGAUAUUUUUACUUCCAUAUUGUCCUAGAUAUGAUGGACGAAAUUGUUGGACAAGUCAAGAUAUAUUUGUUUAUCGUUGA